AUGUCUAAUUCAAAUAAAGUAGAACAAGAAGAAACGAUACUUCGUGAGUCACAAGAAGAAGAAGAUUUUUACCCAUUAGAUCAAAGUAGUUCCCAUGAAUUGAAUAGGCUGGUUGAGGAAGAAGAUGAUGAACAGAGGUUGAUUCCGAAUGCAGAGGAAAGACAGAGCGAGGUUUUUGAUUUUGGUGAUAACUUAAUACCUCUGUCGUUAACGGAAACUCAAAGGAAUCCGACACAUUUAGAGAAAGAGGUUACAUUUAUGAAUGGGUUGACGUUAAUAGUAGGUUUAAUGAUUGGAUCUGGAAUAUUUGCUUCUCCAGGCCCAGUUGCCGUGCAUGCAGGCUCAGUUGGAAUGUCGUUAAUAGUUUGGCUUGUAUGUGGAUUUUUAGCUUGCACCGGUGCUCUUACAUAUGCAGAACUAGGUUCAGAAAUCCCAAUAUCUGGUGGCGAACAUCCUUAUUUAGCACAUGCAUAUGGAAGUCUACCUGCUUUUUUAUUUAGUUGGACUGCUAUAACAUGUUUAAAGCCAGGAGGAAACGCAAUCAUUGCAGUGAUUUUUGCAGAAUAUAUUAAUCGCAUAAUAUAUCAUUCAAUAUUUGGUGAAGAUACAAGCCCAUCACAUGACACGCGUCUUUGGCUGAACAAGAUAGUGGCAUCCAUAUGUAUAAUAGUAUUGUCAUUGAUUAAUUCAUAUAGUGUACGACUAGCCACUCGAACACAAGAUAUAUUUACAGUCUUGAAAUUGGUUACAUUGGCAGCUAUUGCAGUUAUAGGUUUUAUAGUACUAGGAAAAGGUGGAUUGACCAAGAAUUUUGAGGGUAAUUUGUUUGCGGGCUCGUCUACAAGAUUGAGUGAUUAA